AAUAUGCUGCUUUCUUCAAUGACAUACAAACAUUUUCCUGUAACAUAAAAUUUUGUGCUAGAAAACUAAUGUUUGGGAAUCUAAAAUGUUUUUUGUGCUAACUCGAUAAUGUAGAAGUCAUAAAAUAAAAAAUCUAUAACAAAGUUUGUACUAAAGAAAAUAGGGUGCAAAAAACUUUUGCACAGUACUGUAUAUAUAUACACUAUAAACCCCCUAACGCAUCUAUGUGCUUAUCUGCAGCUCCAGAUCCAGUGCGUCUUGCUGGUGGCAGUAACAGAUGUGAGGGCAGAGUGGAGCUGUACCAUGAUGGCCAGUGGGGCACGGUGUGUGACGACGGCUGGAGCAUGAAUAAUGCUGAGGUGGUGUGUAGGCAGAUAGGUUGUGGGAGGGCCAUUGCCGCACCCAUGAAUGCAUACUUCGGCCCCGGGACCGGUCCCAUCUGGCUGGAUGAUACAAACUGUGCAGGCAGCGAGCCAUUCCUAGUAGACUGCAGACACGGUGGCUUUGGGAAUCACAACUGUGGCCACCACGAGGAUGCUGGAGUGAUCUGUGAAGAUGUGUCCCCUGAGCUCGUGUGUAACAGGACAACUAUGUUGCUGGGGGUUCCAUCCAACUUCAGAGUCUCCAGAUCCCUCGACCCUUCAUCAGGUCAUCUGGCAGACCCAAGCUGCACGGCAGGGCAUGAGGUCAACGGCACUGUGUGGUACGAGGUGCAAAGCCAAGAGGGAGUGUGUGGAAAUGUAAUGAGGACCAACAGUACCCAGGUAGCCUACUCCAACAUUUUAUACCUCUACCCUGUAAAUACCUCUACAUUCGCACUGCCCACGGCAUUCCCCUUCUCCUGCAUUUACCCCCUGGACUCUCUCACAAGUUUGGAUCUGGGACUGAAUCCUUUUCUGCCGAUGCAGGAGUCAGGUCUGGUUGGUUACGGCCCCGGUGCCAGUGUCACCAUGUUGCUAUUCCAUGAUGCCAACUUCACAUCAUCAUAUCCACCCGGGCCUGUAACACUACCUGUCGGCACUCCACUUUAUGUGGGUAUGAAUUUGCAAGAGGUGGAGUCCACUCGCUUCAAUGUGGUUAUAGAGGAGUGCUAUAUUACAGGCAAGCCAGAUGCAAAUAGCACCGAGAGAUAUUAUCUUAUUCAAAGCCGUUGUUCCAGUAACCCACGUGAUGUGAUAGUGAAUGAGAAUGGCGUGUCUCAGAGUGCACGCUUCACUGCUCUGCUUUUCCUGUAUCAGGGCAACUAUAACGAGAUGUUCCUGCAGUGCCGCUUCACCCUGUGUGAUAGAACGACAGACUCUUGCUCUGCGAGGUGUCAGACCAGAACUACACGCUCUAUCUCCAACCACAAGUCUCUCACCAUUGGGCCAAUUACCUGUAAGUUAAACAAUAUUACACUUUAAUCCUCAGGAUAUUCUGAUUUAUCCUGCUUAAAAAGGCCCAUUCAGAAAUUUCGAAUUUGGGAAUGUGCAUUUUGAGUUGCAUAUGUAAAGCUGGAGCAUAUAUCAAUGUUACAUUGUUAAUUUUUUUUUGUUCUUUUAGGGACCAAAGAAGGACAGUAACCUGAUCUACAAUGGACCAGCCUAUUCAUGUUAAAUGUUCAAGCAACCAAAUCUUGCUAAAAUGAUCAGGGACAUGUAUAACUGCAUGACUAAGUAGUUCAGGAUAUAGGGAGUAAUCUGCAGUGCUUUGGCACACAAGGGAUGGAAUUAUUUUCAAAUCAAAAUUAUUGCCCAACCUUUAAAAACUAUUGCCCAACCUUUAUUAUAACAAUGAUGUGUUUAAAACAUGAUGACAUUCUUAAAACAUUAUUCUUCGGUUUUGUAUAGAUUUGCAUUUCUUAAAUUUCAUGUAAAUCCUGUCCAAAUAAUGAACAGAAUAAUGUUAUUUACAAAGAAGAAUGG